AUGCCUCCCAAGAACUUACUCCUAUGUUUCGAUGCAUUCGGCACCCUCUUCAAGCCCCGCCAGCCAGUCCCGCAACAGUACACCGAAGUGGCGAAAGCACUUGGACUUGGCGGCUUCAGCAGUGAGGAUGUGGGAAGGUCUUUCAAGGAGGCGUUUGAGCAGGAGGCGAGAGAGAAUCCGAAUUUUGGGAAGGCGAAGGGUAUGGAUUCUGAGAAGUGGUGGGGGAAUAUCAUCACCAGCACAUUCGCCCCUUUGCUCGGAGAGAAGCAGAAGAUGCCGACAGAACUCGUGCCGAAGCUGCUGCAACGCUUCUGGUGCGAUGAAGGGUACUGUCUAUACAAGGAUGCGGUUCCGCUGAUACGACAGCUACGCGAGUCGCACAAAGCGAGCGACACCAGAGUUCUUGUGGCCGUCAUUACCAAUUCCGACGAUCGAGUCCCCGACAUCCUCACAUCCUUGGGCAUGCAGAUCAGCCCUGUACGAUACGGCACCAAAUUCGAGAACAUGCCAGCAACCAGCUGGCAAGAUGACGUUGACUUCUCGGUGAUGUCCUACGAUGUCGGACACGAGAAGCCGGACAAGCGAAUCUUUGCUGCCGCGGAGGAAGUGCUGCAGACUAAGCUGGACGGAGAGGGCGGAGUGUCUGAAGCCGACCGCGAUCCGGAGCAGUGGCGGAAGGUGUACGUUGGCGAUGAGUACGACAAAGAUGUCGUAGGUGCGCUGGAAGCUGGCUGGAAUGCGGUACUGAUCGAUCGUGAAACAACGAGAGGCCGUAAGGAUGUCGAGUGGCUGGACCCGAAGCCCGCGGGAGAUCUUUGGAACACUUUCAAGACGUCGAAGGCUGUUGGCUUCGGUAGUCUGGAGAAGCUGGCUGAGUGGUUACCAGGCAGGAUAUGA